GAAUGAUACUUCAACAAAAUUCAAUGAAAGAUAUGCCCACAAUACAAAAUUUAUUUUUGUCAACAGGAACAAUUCCUGAGCGUCUGAAGGUGCAGGAGCCAUGGUAUUACUUCUGUAGGUUCCUUCUCUUUCUAGUCUCUUCUUAAUACUGUCGUCACAAUAAGGAGAGAGAAUGUGUGUGGGGAGGGAGAGAAUAGAGUGACUGCUGGGGGAGGAGGUGAGAGGAGGGGGGAUCCUGCCUUGGUGUGGUUUCUGCUUUUCUCAGAGAACUUCAGAGAACGACUGUGCUACCAGUUCUGAAGGAACAACAGAAUUCUUUUCGCCUCCCCUCCACGCCCUCCAUGGGUUUCCUAUGUGUACUUUGGAUGCCUGAUACCCUUGGUAGAAGAACUGUUGGUGUUAUUCCAGCUUCAAUCACUUUGUCAGGCAGCAAGACUUUCUUUCCUAAGAGGUGAGCAGCUAAACCUCAGGUCCUGCAUGGGUUUUGCAAAAACGCUGCUUGGUCUCCCGAGACAUCAGUGACAGCUCGUCUGGGUUUCAUCAGCUCACUGGGGCUGCAUUUCACCAGUCUCCUGUGCCAGGCCUCCCCAGCGUCAACAAGUGUCGCACCUACUGCAGGAACAGCCCUCAAGUUUCAUCACAGUGAUGCUAAAAAAUAUCCUCCAGCUUCAGCAAUGACCUAGUUCAUCCAAGGGCAGGGAAAAAUGCUCGUCUUCCAGAACUUCCCUGGGCACGGAACUUUCCCUCUUAGGAAGAUAGGCGCUUUUCUGGAAACAGACCCAACUGUGUUUUGACUCCUUCGUGGAAAAGACCCUGAGCCCUGUAGCUUCUCUGAAUCCCCAGUCCCAGGAUCAGGGACACCUAAUCAAUGCCUCACACACAGCCUGGGGAGCCCACAGCCGAGCCAGCUCUCCUAGCACGUCUCUGGGACAAAAAGUAUCGAAAAAUUCAUGUGGCAUGAGAGGAUGACAGACUCAGGAGGGCCCCAGAGGCGCACACUUUGUUUUUUAUCUACGUUGCUUUCCCAGAAAGUUCCUGAGACGUCAGACACUGCCCUUCGCUGCAUAAUAGCUGGUCAGCCCAAGCCAGAGGUAACUUGGUAUAAGAAUGGUCAAACCAUAGAAGACUGUGACAUUGUUUCCAGUUAUGAAUUCUUCGAGAAUCAGUAUACUCAUGUGUUACAUCUCUAUGGGUGUUCCCAAAAUGACGCUGCUGUUUACCAGAUCUCUGCUAAAAACGGUUCUGGAAUGAUCUGCUGUUCUGCUUCCAUUGAAGUCGAGCACUCGUCAGAGAACCCACAAUUGUCUCCUAACCUGAAAGAUGACAGGGACACAGGUUGGCCACAUGGGACAGAGACAUCUGAGCAGAAAAGCACAGAUCAAGUUGAUGAGAAAGAACCUCCUUAUAAGGAAGAUGAAAGGCCCUCCUUGGGUACUCCCAUAUCAGCUGAUUCCCCCUCCUCCGAAUUUAACCAUUUACGCUCACUCCAGUUACUCACCAGUAAUGACAUUAGUGCAUCCACUUCUGAAAAUCUCUGGGAUGUUAAAGGAACAAGGCAAACUGAAGAGGCUUGUGAUCCGAACGACACAGAGGGAAUUACAGAUGGGUUGCUUUUUCCUAAUAGUCCCGAUAAACAAGAUGUAUGUUGGCAUGGGACAAUGCAGCCCAAAGGAGCAAAGUUAAUGGAUAGUGCCUUAAACAAUCAUGAAGACUUAAACUCUAGUCAUCAAAAUCCCAACGUACAGAAAUACAUUAGCGUCAGCCUGCCGCUGUUGGAGGCAGCCACAUCCAUUUAUCCAGGUGAUGAGGCCACAAUCAACAAGCAAGACAGCCCCCAGGUUUCCAGCAGAGAUUCUGACAGUGACUAUGAACUUUGCCCAGAGAUAACCCUAACCUGCACCGAGGAGUUUUCAGAUGAUGACCUGGAGUAUCUGGAAUGUUCCGAUGUUAUGACGGAUUACUCUAAUGCAGUUUGGCAAUGGGACCUGCAGGGGCCUGAGCAUGUUUUUUUAUUAGAAAGCGAUGACGAAGUGAUGGAAUUCAGUGAGUGUUGCCUGGGGGAGUGUGGGUUUUUCCUCAGUGAAAUGGGUCCUGGGCCUCAGGUGUCAGAUAACACUGGGCCGAUGGAGGCCACUGCUGGCUUCUGUGGUUAUCACUCACAACCCCAAGACAUGAGGGUAAGAUGCCACCAAGCCUCUACCCACAGUCCCUCAUCCCCACAAACAGGGAUGACUCUGACUUUGGGACCCAAUCAUGAUGGAACGUCUACGGUGACAGACCAGGGGAGAGAUAAGCUACCCAUUGCCUCUGCUGAAAAUGAUUAUCCAGGAAUUCAAGGGGAAACCAGAGACAGCUACCAAGCAGGAGAGGAAUUCGCCAGUGACAAUCUGUUUGACAUGGAUAAAGCACUGACAGAGGGAGAAGUGAAUCGCUUAUCUGGUGAGUUAGAAAAGUCAGGGAUGAACCAGUGUUUGGAGACCACGGCUGAGCAAAGACGGGAGAAGGAUUUCUCGAGCAGGAGGGGCUCAGAGAAACCUGCCAGGGUGAGGAGACCAGGAAUUAAGGGAAAACCCAAGAAGCUGAGCCCCAACCUGAAAGACAGUGCAGCAGCAGGCACCCUUCAUCUCCUCUAUCCCAAUGAACCUGUUAAGCACCCACCAGCCCAGAGUGAGAAAAAAGAGCGUUCUCUUGCCAAAGAGGAAGAAGCUACUGAUCGGAAUUCCCACUUCCAUGCAGGAGAAGGUGCUAUUCCAACCCAAGCAGAGCAAGAAGCAAAAACCCUGCCAACUCCACCAGGCAUACUCCCCAAAGAAGGGAACUUGAACUUGGAGGGAGAAGGGGUACAGGUUAAUAACCUCUUUGAAACAAGCUGGGUUCCAGACCAGAGUGAUCAGCCGCAGGUGCAAAUUCAGGAAACAGUCAAGGAAAGAAUCUCUCUCAGCCAGAUGCCAGCUUUCUCAGAGCCCGUCGGGGAGGAGUCUGCAUUUACUGGGACCACAACGAAUUCCUUCCCCAACUUAGGAGCGAUCAACGAGGAAAAUGCGUCACUGGCCCAACACCUGGAGAUAGAAAGGUGUACUCAAGGCCCACAGCAAGAAGAAAACCAAGACAGAGAAGACAAUGCACCUGGACAUAUCUGGGAAGACCUGGGACCUGAGCUCAGCCUCCCAGGAGCCAAUCACGCAAAUAUGUCCAAAUGUGAGCUGCCAGUGCGCCUCCCCCAAGAGGGCGGCACUGACGCCAGGGAGCCCGAGGUUCUCUCUGUUGCUUUCCCUGUACCUGCAAACAUUGUCCCCACCCUGGAAACUGUGUGUGAUGGGCCAAGAGGCAGAGAAGCAGUGUGUGUGAUGGAGCUUCUUGAAGCAGGAGACAAAGGAACAUGUGACACCAUGGAUCCUCAGGUUGGAGCCCCAGUGGAUAAAUAUUUGCCUCAAGAAACUUGCUUCAUAGACUCAGAGUUGGCAGAAAGUCAAAGCAAAGUAUCUGAUUUAUGUUCACCUGAUGAGAAGACACUGGACGUUCCUUGUCAAACACAAGAUUCAGAGCCUCCACAGUCUACAUGCAGGAGCAACAAGGAUAGAAACUCGGCUGUGUUCCCUUCUUCUAUCAUUACCUGCACCGGGAACAUUUCACAAAAAAUCAGUGAAAGUGCCACAGGGGAAAAUCCAGCCCAGGUAGAGAAUGCCACCUCCAUGCUGGCCUCCACAGGACAGGCUAACCAGGAGAUGCUGAGCCCCAGCGUCUCAGGUGGGCUUGAGGAAAGACAGCCUCUAUCUUCUGAAAAGAACUCUUCGGUGCAGUUUGAAAAAGGAGGUGACGAGAGCCCCAGUACCAGUUCCCCGGAUACCACAGACAUACCAGCCAGUCAUAGUUCAACUGUGAAGUUCCCUCAAGAGAUACCAACAACAUUAACUGAUAAUCUUGAGGUAACCAGGGAGAGUGGGGACACGCCCACUGUUACCAUUGCCACCAAUGUCCACCCAGCCAAGUACCUCCCUGUUUCAAUUGCUGGGAAUAGCCAUGCAGAUGGUCCUGAGGAGAGCUCACCUCUGUUACCACAUGACGAUAGUUUUCAACUUCUUGCCAAUGGACUGUUGGGUCCUAUUUUAAAUGGUUCUACCAUUGAAUCUCCAAAAGAGCCCCUUUGCAUGGCUCCCAGGGAACCAGGAGUCCCAGUCUGUGUUCUCCCACUCUCAGAGGGAGAAGGUUUCUGUAGCAAUUCCCCUCUUCACAUUGAUAACCAGCCUGGAGAUAAGAGCUGUACCAUGGACAGAGCAGACGAUAGGAACCUUGAAGAGAAUUUCCAAGAAAAAGGAAGUGAAACAACACAGAGAGUCCAGCAGGAGAGACUACCCCACCAGGGUUCUCUUUUAGAAGAUAAUUUCCAAGAAAGUUGCCCUAUGACAUCUACUGCUCAAGGGGACAUAAACCCAGUGCCCUUGGACCACUCAUCAGCAAACUCUGGGGAAGAAAGAAGGCAGAGGUCAGGCCUGGGGACUAGUGUGUCUGUGGUGGCUAAAGCUACUGUGGAAGAUGACAGUCAGGCUGUGAGUAAUGAUCCACCACUGUCUAAUAUCCUCCCACAGGAGUAUCAACAGAGUGGACCAGGACAUUGGGAAGCAGGCAGCAAGCUGAAAAUUAUAACUCUAGAGGCUCCUGUUGCAGAAGUCUGGCCAUCAAGACAACUGACAGAUUCUGAGUGCAAGGAGUCAGGAGCUGGUGCCGUGAUUCCUGACAGGGUCUGGGCUCUAUCUGAUGUUCUGAAAACAGCUGCUGCUGGGCCAGAGCUGGACCCCUCUGAAAUAACAGCAUCAGCUUAUAGUCCACAGGCUGGGUCUGGCUCAGCCCUUGCUAAUAGAAGAAUCCACCGUACACACUGGAGUAGUCUUUCUUCCCAGUAUUUGAACCAACCUCGAUUCCUGGAGUCAUCUGUGGACCCUGUAGGUGAGCGAUUAUGUGUCAUGGAUCUGCCAUCAGAGGCUGCCGAAACUGGAGGGCAGGAAAGUGUUAGCACUGUGAGUCAAAACCAGGAGGAAAACCACCUCAGCAUGGAUCACGCUGCCUCCUUUAAACAGUGUCUGACCUUCCCUAAAAUCCUAGAGUCUUCUGUAGAUCCCAUCGAUGAAAUGGGUGUGGUGGAAUGGAAGGCGGAAACACAGGAGCCUUCUGAAUCCGCUCUGCGGGUCAUCAGAGAGGAGAAUACAUUGAAUGAUGGCAACUUGGACCAGAGAGUGGACAUCCAACCUGCCAUCUUGCCAGUCCCAUGCCCCCAGCAAAGUGGGGGAACAAUUUCAAGUGAAAACAGCAUCAACAGAAACCAGGAAGCCAGUGACAGAGGGGACGCUGGUCAAAGUCAACAUGACAAAGCAAAAGUGGACAUCCAACCUGCCAUCUUGCCAGUCCCGGGUCCUGAUGGAGGUGGGGAGACAAUUCCAAGUGGGUACAACAGAAGCCAAGCACAAGAAGGCCAUGAGAGGCGCUCAGGGGUGGCUGAGCAAAGUACAAACCACAAAGCCGAUUUUGUUUCCCCCACUUCACCUCUUUCUAGCUGCCUUGCAAUGACUCAUGCAUCUGUUGGAGUUGAUACUCACAACACCAUAGGUCAAAUUCAUGACGUCCCUGAGAAUGACUUAGUGGAGCCCAGAAACCUUCAAUGUGCGUUUUCUGAGUCAGAGGAGAGGGGGGCUAUCAUGAGUGAGUGUGAUAAACACUUGUGCUCUCCUAGUGGUCUUACUCAAUUGCCUUUUGCUUCCUCUCCUGCGGGAAACAUCACAAACUUUUCAAUCAGCCACAAAAUAGAGGAGCCCCAAAAUGGGGACACCAAAGCCAGUGCAUCGGGCUCCCCAGCAGUGACUUUGGCAUUCAUUUCAGGAGAAUGUGUGUCAGAGACAGUUCCUAAGACACUGCAGGACCCGUGUCAACCCAGCCUCACCUUGGGCCAUGGGAGAAAGUCAGGGGAGCAGAGCCUCACUCACAUGGCAGCCCAGACCGGCAGAUCCCAAGUGACGGCGUCAGAGGAGGUCAAGAAGAAGCAAAAAACCACAGGAAGCGGAUAUUUAGCUGAGGGAGUAAAGAAGAAAAUUCUGUCCAAGGUGGCUGCCCUGAGGCUGAGAUUGGAAGAGAAGGAAAAUGCCAGAAAGAACUCUGGCUUUCUUAAAAAGAUUCCCAAACUUGAAACAUCAGUAUCACACACAGAUGAGAAAAAAGACCUCCAAAAGCCACCUUGCCAAAGAGAAGGAAAAGCUCCGGUAUUGCUGAAAAAGAUCGAAGCUGAGAUGUUCCCUGAUCAGUCCGGAAAUGUGAAAUUAAGCUGCCAGUUUGCCGAAAUUCAUGAAGAUUCUACUGUCUGGUGGACAAAAGAUUCAGAGUCAAUAGCGCAAGUGCAGAGAAGUGCAGGCGAUAACUCCACCGUGUCCUUGGUCAUCGUUCAAGCCAGCCAGAAGGACCAGGGCCUCUAUUACUGCAGCAUCAAGAACAGUUAUGGAAAAGCAACUGCUGAAUUUAAUCUUACCGCUGAAGUGCUCGAACAACUUUCAAGCCACCAUGAUACUAAAGGAUGUGAAGAGAUUGAAUUCAGCCAGCUCAUCUUUAAAGAAGACUUCCUCCACGACAGCUACUUUGGGGACCGCCUGCGAGGUCAGAUCGCCACGGAGGAGCUGCACUUUGGAGAAGGGGUCCACCGGAAAGCCUUCCGCAGCAAAGUGAUGCAGGGCCUCAUGCCCAUCUUCCAGCCCGGCCACGCCUGCGUGCUCAAGGUGCACAAUGCCGUUGCCUAUGGGACCAGAAACAACGAUGAGCUCGUCCAGAGAAACUACAAACUCGCUGCCCAGGAAUGCUAUGUUCAAAAUACUGCCAGAUACUAUGCCAAGAUUUACGCUGCUGAAGCACAGCCUCUGGAAGGCUUUGGAGAAGUGCCAGAGAUCAUUCCUAUCUUCCUGAUCCAUCGACCUGAGAACAACAUCCCGUAUGCAACAGUGGAGGAGGAGCUGAUUGGAGAAUUUGUGAAAUAUUCUAUUAGGGAUGGAAAGGAGAUCAACUUCUUGAGAAGAGAAUCAGAGGCUGGUCAGAAGUGUUGUACCUUCCAGCACUGGGUAUAUGAGAAAACAGGUGGCUGUCUCCUGGUCACGGACAUGCAAGGUGUAGGAAUGAAGUUAACUGACGUUGGCAUAGCAACAUUAGCUAAAGGGUACAAAGGAUUUAAAGGCAAUUGUUCCAUGACCUUCAUUGAUCAGUUUAAAGCACUGCACCAGUGUAACAAGUAUUGUAAAAUGCUGGGGCUGAAAUCACUUCAAAAUAACAACCAGAAACAGAAGAAGCCAAGCGUUGGGAAAAACAAAAUUCAGCCAAACUCCACAACGGUGAAGAAGACAGCACCUGGGACCCCUGCAGAAAAGAAAACUUAGCAUCCAUGGGAAACUAACGGCCACCACCUAGCAGCACAGUCAUGUAGGCAGACAUCUGAAAACACCCAGGAGAGAACACAUAGCCUGCAGAAAGUACUGUGACAACCCUUGUUCCCAGCUGCCUGAGCUCGCAGCUGCCUCUAGAGCUGUCACCUGCCAUCUUUGCUGAAUUGAUUUUGGAGCAGGGUUUGUGACCAGACUUAUGGAGAGACUGGAUCAAUUGUCAGUCUCAAAGACAGUCCAUCUUUGUAAAUACCUGUAGCAUUUUUACUGA